AUGGAGGAGCUAAGCUUUAAUCAAGCGCUAGAUCGCUUGGUUAAAUUAUACCAGGUUAUGCGGGUGGAGUUAUUGGAGGAGGAUGAACUCGAGCAAGAGCUCAAAUGUCGCGAUGUGAUAUUGUCGGGACUGGAUUUGUCCAGGAAAAGGAAAUGUUUGCGGGAUGCUUUAAAAAGGGAAAAAGAAUCCGGUAGUAAAUUAGGUUCCUUACAUCUAAGAAGCGAUCCCGAAAAUGAACGGGAAAUUUGCUUGGUAAAAUUUAAACAACUUAAAAAAACCUUACAAUCUAACACUUCCGACGACAUGCAAAAAAGGAUUUCCUUAGCUCGUCUAGCUCACGUGGGCGCUCGAGUAGCCACUCUCCUUUGCUCGUCACGGGGCUCACCAAACCUUUUGACGCAAAUGCAGAAUGUACUGGUGGAAUUAGUGCAAUUGAUGCAAACCGCGAUUGAACCACCGGGAAGCGAGCAACAGGAUACCACCAUAGACAACCCUUCGCAGGCAAUGGUAGAGGCAACAGGCAGCGCCAGGUCCGAGGUUCCUACACCUACAGCCUUGGGCCAAGACGAUCUCGACUGGAUCCAUAGCUUACAGGCGAGAAUAGUAGGUCUCGAAGAAGAACUAGCUAAAAGAAAAGAAGGAAAGGAUGCUGAAACUCAAACCAAUCAGGAAAUUCAAAAUGUUUCGAACCCAUUAGAUGGUGGCACCAACAUGAAUUUUGAAAAUUUUUCCGCUAAUUCUAGUUUCCAAAACAAUUCAUUUCCUCGAAUCCUUUCUAAUCCCACCCAUCCUCAAGAUCCUUAUCCCAAUCCUUACAAUCAAUUUCCCGCACCUCUAAAUUUCCCCAAUCAAACCCUUCCGAAUGUGAAUGUUUCCCAAAAUGUUGGUCAGCCAAAUCCCCCAGCGCAAAAUUUUCCGAUGCAGAAUCCUUCUCAGCCUCCGUUUGCCAACCGUUGGCUGCCGAACCAGUACCAGGGACAACCCGGUUUCCCUUAUGGACCAUCUGGAGGACAGUACGGACAACCUGGACUAUCUUAUCCGUUUCAGACCCCUGUUCAGUCUCGCCAUACUUUGCCAGUUUCUAAAUGGAACAUUGCUAAAUACAGCGGAGACGAUCAAGGGUUGAAACUGAAUGAGUUUCUGGAAGUGGUGCAUGCUCUUUCCAUGGCCGAAAGGGUUUCCGAGCAGGAGCUUUUCGAAUCGGCAGUUCAUCUGUUUACCGGAUCCGCGUUGAAGUGGUAUAUGACCCAGCGCUCCAUGGGUCGGCUCAUCAGCUGGCAGCAUUUAGUCUUUGAGCUUCGAAGGACAUAUUUGCAUCCGGAUUUGGACGCCCUCAUCAAGAUGAAGGUCUACCAAAGACGCCAACGGCAGCAGGAAUCGUUCUACGAGUUCUACAGCGAGGUAGAAAAGCUGAUCCGGACCAUGAGCGCUCCAAUUCCGGAAUUUGAAAAGAUCCAAAUCCUCCAACAGAACAUGAGGAUGGAUUAUAAAAAGCAAAUGGCUUUCGUUCCUGUUCUGAAUCUGGAGUCAUUAGUCGCGGCGGGUCAAAAGCUUGAUGCUCUCAACUUUUCAGCCUACAAUAAAGUUUUUGGUCCAGAUAAAGUGGUCAACGUGAUUGAAGGAUCUGAUCACAAGCAGGCCACCAAAAACAGGCAGCAGGUGGCCACUUCGGACACCAGUGCUGCAGUACAACAGCUGCAGAACUCAUAUCCUCGGGCGGCUGUGGCAGGUUCAAAAGGGAACAGUGCUCCGAAGAGUCAGAACCAGUUCUCGCCAAAUUUACCUGGCCCGUCACGUCAAUUGGUUGGUAAAUCAUCCGGGGAAACAUCCAGCAGUCAGUCACAGCCACCACUAACGUUGGAGAUGGUGGUGAACAACCAUAAGCCUCCUCCUUCAAAUCGAUGCUACAAUUGCAAUCGAGAGGGGCAUCACGCAGCAAUAUGUCGUCAGCCACCAAUCAUUGUCUGCUUCAAGUGUGGGCUUCGUGGCUUCCCGACAGCAAUGUGUCCGUACUGUGUAAAAAACCACGGUACUGCGAACCAAAACCGCGGUUCGCAGGAACGCCAGGCAGAUACUGAAAUCUGCAACAUCUCCUAUCCUUUUCCAAACGAUCAUCGUCCCUUUGUUGAAAUCCGUAUUCAUGAUUUCCCAGUUCGAGCACUGCUAGACAGCGGCAGUAAUUACUCACUAAUCAGCGAGAAUCUCUUCGCCAAAACCAGGCAGAAAAAGGUUUUUGCGUUAGCCAAAUCAUUGGAUCUCCAUUCAGCAAGUGGUGAUUCGUUGGAAGUUUUAGGCCAGGCCUGUCUCCCUAUCCAGUUUGAUGGACGAAUCAAGGUUAUCACCAUUCUGGUGGUGGCCAAUUUGUCCAUCGACUGCAUUUGUGGGAUGGACUUUUGGACCAAAUUUCACAUCGUGCCCACUCAGUUGACUGGAGAUUCCGUGAACGCAGCAGUUGUGGAGGAGGUUCCUGAUCCAACCAACAUGUCAUCGCUAGAAGAAGAGGAGAAAUUGGAAGAAAUUAAAAACAGUUUUUUAGCUGCCGGUCACGGUAAACUUACCACCACUCCUUUGGCCACUCAUCGGAUUGUCCUGAAGGAGGAAUACAAAGGCAAGCCACCGGUUCGUCAAUUUCCGUAUGUCAUGUCUCCAAAAACCCAGGCGUUGGUUGCAGUAGAGCUGGAACGGUUGCUCGAGGCCGGCAUAAUUGAACGGAGCGAUUCAGAUUGGUCGUUGAAUUGUGUGCCGGUCAUCAAACCAAACAAGGUUCGGCUUUGCUUAGACGCACGGAAGAUCAACGAAAGAACUGUCCGAGAUGCUUACCCUCUACCCCACCCUGGAAGAAUAUUAGGCCAAUUACCAAAAGCAAAUUAUUUGUCAACAAUAGACCUGUCGGAAGCAUUCCUACAGGUUCCGCUAGAUAAGGAGUCCCGGCGGUACACAGCUUUCAGCGUGCAGGGUAAAGGGUUGUUCCAGUAUACCCGGAUGUGUUUCGGGUUGGUCAACAGUCCUGCUUCAUUGGCCAAAAUAAUGGACUUCGUACUGGGUCAUGGUAUACUGGAACCGAAUGUUUUCGUAUACCUCGAUGACAUUGUUGUGGUAACGGAAACAUUCGAGCAUCACGUACAGCUUCUUACGGAGAUCUCUCGUCGUCUACGUGAAGCCAACUUGAGUAUUAACCGCGAUAAAUCGCGAUUUGGAGUAUCCGAAGUACCCUUUCUGGGUUACCUGUUAGGAACCGAAGGCCUACGCACAAAUCCGGAAAAGGUACGGCCAAUCUUGGAAUACGAACGGCCAACAACAGUAACAAAACUCCGGAGGUUUCUGGGAAUGGCCAAUUAUUAUCGGCGAUUCAUUCCAGACUUCAGUGGAACCACGGCGGCUCUCACCGAUCUCCUACAAACGAAGUCGAAACUGGUUCGCUGGAAUGAAGAUGCCGAAACAGCUUUCGUUCGUAUUAAGGAGCUGUUAAUUUCUUCCCCCAUUUUGGCCAGUCCAGAUUUCAGCCGUCCUUUCACCAUCCAAACGGACGCAAGCGACGUAGCAGUGGCAGGAGUGCUAACACAACAGCAUGAAGACGGAGAGUGCGUCAUAGCGUACUACUCCCACAAACUCAGCACGCCACAGAAGAACUACCAUGCAGCCGAAAAGGAGGCAUUGGCAGCGAUAUUGGCUAUAGAUGCCUUUAGGGGAUAUAUUGAGGGUUACCAUUUCACUUUAAUCACCGAUUCAUCUGCUCUUACUCACAUACUUAAUGCAAAGUGGAAAGUAGGAUCACGUUGUAGUAGGUGGGCGCUCAUUCUGCAGCAAUAUGAUAUGAGAAUAGUGCACAGGAAAGGCAAAGAAAAUGUCGUUCCUGAUGCACUUUCUCGUAGCAUUGCAGCAAUUGACAGCCCAUCCACAACGUGGUACGAUUCCAUGCUGCAUAAAGUUGUGAGUAGACCAGAUGAUUACGUGGAUUUUAGAGUUGAAAAUGGACAACUUCUCAAAUAUAUUUCCGUUCCCGACUACCCACAUGAUGCUAAUUUUGCAUGGAAACGCGUACCACGGACGGAGGACAUUGCCAAAAUAAUAGAGGAUUCGCAUAACUCGUCUUUUCACUCCGGAUAUGAACGGACGCUUGCAAGGAUCAGACAGCGGUACUAUUGGCCUCGCAUGACUGUGGAAAUCCGUAAUUUUGUUCGGCAUUGCACGACGUGCAAAGAAGUGAAGCCCUCUCACGUCGCCAUGGUUCCCGAAAUGGGUAAAAUGCGUCUAGCAGAUCGACCCUGGCAGAUGAUUUCGGUUGAUUUUAUCGGCCCCCUUCCCAGAAGUCGUAAAGGCAACCAGCAUUUGUUGGUGGUCUCGGAUUACUUCUCGAAAUGGGUUCUAGUUCAGCCUGUGAAGAAAAUCGCUAGUUCAACCCUGUGCGUUAUUUUGAAAGAUCAAUGGUUCAUGAAGAAUUCUGUUCCAGAGAUAAUUAUAACCGAUAACGGUUCUAGUUUUCUCUCGAAAGAGUUCAAGUCAUUGCUUGAUCAAUUCAAAAUCACUCACUGGUUGAACUCACGAUAUCAUUCGCAGGCGAACCCCGUAGAGAGAGUAAACCGAACCAUCAACGCUGCUAUCCGCACUUACGUCAAAGGGGAUCAACGCCUCUGGGACACAAAAAUUGCAGAGAUUGAAAUGAUUCUAAAUACUAGUGUUCACUCACCGACGGGGUUUACCCCAUAUUUCAUUAUCCAUGGACAUGAAUAUGCGGAGCAAGGAAAUGACUAUCGCCUCGCCCGCCAUGGAGAAAAUCUUACACCCGAACAGUUUGAGAAACGUCGAAAAGAUUUAUACCUUAGCGUCUACGAGUUGGUGAAAAAAAAUCUUGAAAAAGCGUACACAAGUUCCAAACGCGUUUACGAUUUACGCAUUCGCCCAGCUAAACCGUUUACUAUUGGGCAAUUGGUUUAUCGACGAAACAUGAAGCUUUCAAAUGCGGGGGAGAGCUAUAACUCUAAAUACGGACCCCAAUAUUUACCGUGCAAAAUAAAAAGCGUAAAAGGAACUUCCUCGUAUACACUGGAAGAUCUCCAGGGCAAAGAUCUAGGGGUUUGGCCUGCCGCUCACAUAAAGCCUGCAUAA